AAAUCCAUUCAAUCGACAAAUCAUCCAAUCAACGCUCACGAUUCGCCCCAUAGCUUUGUCUAUGUAGCCUGUAUACUGUAGCGUGGGUUAUCAUUGCGGCAUUUUCCAGCUUGGGUAUAGAAAUAUUUCAAAUCAAUAUUAAAUCAAGAUGGGAAGGAAAGACGGAAAGCCACGUGGACGUAUGUCAUCUUAUGCCUUCUUUGUGCAGAGUUUUAGAGAGGAACACAAGAAAAAAAAUCCAACAGAAAAAGUUGUGUUUGCCGAAUUCACCAAAAAGUGUGCAGAAAAAUGGAGGGAAAUAAGUGCCAAGGAAAAGAGGAAAUAUGAAGAAAUGGCAGAGAAAGACAAAGCUAGAUAUGAGGGAGAAAUGCAAAAUUACGAACCAGGGCCAGGAGAGAAGGUUGGAAGAAAGAAGAGAGAUAAAGAUCCUAAUGCACCAAAGAGAGCUCUUUCUGCAUUCUUUUUCUUCUGUAACGAAGAAAGACCAAAAGUAAGGAAAGAUCAUGGUGAUUGGUCAGUAGCACUGGUAGCCAAGGAGAUGGGAAAACGAUGGGAGAAAGUAACAAACAGAUCAAAAUAUGAACAACAGGCAGCUGCAGAUAAAGUCAGAUAUGAGCAGGCAAUGGCAAAAUACAGGGGAGGUGGUGCAUCUCCAGCAAAGAAACCUGCAGGACCCCCAGCAAAGAAACCCAAGCCAGAGAGUGAAGAAGAGGAAGAUGAUGACGAUGAAGAAGAGGAGGAUGAUGAAGAUGAUGAUGAAUAAACACUGGAGAUUCUGUAUCAUGAACAAUUGGGGGGUAUCCUGGAUCAAGAAAUGUACAAUUUCCGUUAUGUAUAGUUGAUCAUUUGUAUAUAUUGUUCAUCUUAGAUGAUUGUAUAUUUAUCAUUGUACAUAAAAUCAUUAUUUUAUUCAUCCCAUCUAAGGGGAAACAAUGCUGUCAUCUUACUUCAGAACAAAAUUUAAAUAGUUUUCAUGGUAUUGUAAAUUAUUUAUACAUUUUCAUGAUGAAUUUAAUAUUUACCUGUGUACAAUUUUUUAAGUUUCAUCUGCUUCACAGACUUGCAAGCUAACAGCUACAACAUUUUCUUUUCACUAUGAAGCAAUGUAAAAGAAAUGACUGAAAGUGCUGUAUUUUUCAUCACCAUUUUUGUUUUAAUCAUGAAAUGUCAAUGAAUGUCAUGUUUAAAUAGAUUUUAUAAUAAAACAUAUUUUAACUUG